AUGUGCGUUUGGGAUGUGCGGUAUGAGGGUGGUGGUGUGAAGUUUGAAUCGAUGGUGAGUGUGGACACGCGUGUGUCUAGCAUGUUGCGACGGCUGGGGUUUACGCACGCGCGUCCGGUGCAGGAGUUGUCAUUGCCUCACGCGUUGGCAGGAGUGGAUGUAUUGUUAAAGGCGCCGACUGGCACGGGUAAGACGUUAGCGUAUGUGAUACCGAUCUUGACAAGUAUUUUGGGUCGAAGAUUACAGAGUCCAUUAUUUGUUGAAUAUGGUUUCGGAGAGAAGCGGGAUAGCAAGACGGCAUUCCGCCACCGGUUGGAGGCGGUGGUUUUGGUCCCUAGUAAGGAGCUGGUAGGUCAGGUCAGCAAAGUGUUCCAGGACCUUCUGUAUCAAUGUAGCGAUUUCGUCCAGUGCCAUGGCAUAGCAGACUGUCCUGCCACACUCGCCGACCUGCGACUGAAAUUCACCGAUUUUACGGCUGUGCUUGUCACACAUCCUGGCGCCUUUAUCAAAAUCGGCCAAUUACUCAUGAAGGAAAUUCAGGCAGACCCACACCAAAGCCACCUCUGUCUAUUCCCCAACGUCCAGCAACUCGUCGUUGACGAAGCCGACCUCAUCCUAUCCGUCUACGGCUACGACCAAGAAACGCGGUCUAUCUUCUCACCACACGCGUUUGACCUAAAGGUUAAAGCUACAAGACAAACAAUACCCGUCUCGCUACUGCGUAUAGACCAUCUCGCCGCUAACAAGUGCCAGGUCAUGCUCUGCUCAGCCACCAUUAAUCAGGACCUGAACAAACUCAAGCACCUCGCGCUCUACAAACCUGCGGUACUUGUUGUUGUUGGAAACGAAAACGAACUCAAGAGAACACGCGACAUCCGCAACGGGGAGAUCCGCAGCGUGGAGACCCACUCCACCGCCCGCAGCGGGGAGACCCACUCCACCGCCCGCAGCGUGGAGACCCACUCCACCGCCGAGUCGGAACUUGACGAAGACCCCGGAACUGAGGAAAGUUUUACCGACGAGGCGGCCAUCUUGGAGAUCGAUCGAUCUGAGUGCGUGAUGCAGGCAAUGGUGCUAUCGUCGGAUAUGCGGAAGCGGAUGGACCACCGAUACGUGGUGGUCGACCCGAAAUGUUUCGAUGAGUACUUGGUGCUGGUGGGUGUGCUGCAAAAUAGAUUAUAUAGUAUGGGCGAAGAUAAGCCUCGAACGCUAGUCUUCGUGAACGACAUUAAAAAAGCAAUUAAGACAGAACUGGUACUGAGCGCACUCGGGUUCAAGGUCGCCCGCGCAGUGGGCUGUCAAAACGCCAAAACAAGAUCAACCAACAUACACAAGUUCAACUCGGGACAGAUCGACGUACUCGUCGGGAUGGACUGCACAUACAUUGCCGGCACAGCUGCCGAGUCCGCAACUGUCUCGGCGACCGCGUUGGCGAGCUCGGCGACCGCGUUGGCGAGCAGCAAGACGGACGUAAGUGCAGUUAUUAUGCCGAGUGGAACAAUGCCGAGUGGAACAAUGCCGAGUGGAACAAUGCUGCCUGUGGAUGACGAGGAGAUUUUGGCCGAGUUGAACAUCGCCGCGCCGAAGCGUAAGCGUCGCCGGAAGGUUAACUUAAGUGAGUCAUCGAUCGCGCGCGGUAUUGAUUUCCGAAAAGUCGCCCGCGUCAUUUUACUCGACCCACCGGCCAACCUGACCGAAUACGUGCACAAAGUAGGCCGCUGCGGUCGGGAAAUCGACGCCACUCUAAUUCCAACUGUCUUGACCUGCCUCCCGACUGAAGCUCUCACCGACCCUGUGUGGAAGGAGGUGGCGAGCGAAUUCCGACCCACCACUCCCGACGUGUUCCAACUCACUUCCUUCGACUCCCUAAGAUACCGGGUGGAAGACAAAUGCCGAGCCGCCAGCAAAAGUGCCAUCAAAGCCGUCUUGGAAAGGGAACUUUGUAGCAACUAA